AUGUUUUACCGACUGCCGGGGUAUACAAAUUGUCAUUUGGAUAACAAUGAGGAAUUGCAAAACAUGUUAUUACUUGGUAAAUCAAUUGGAGUUGAACGAAUUGAUGUUGUUGUUGAGCAAAAAUUGGGCACUGAUAGACAUAGUAGUUUAGCAAAUCCAUGCAUUGAAGAUGAUGAUCAAACAAAUUUGCUUCAUAGAUAUUGUGCACACAGUGAGAAGUGUGGGUUUAAAUUCAAAUAUUUGAAGAACGAUUCACAACGAAUUACUGCUGUAUGCUCACAUAGAGAUGAUAGGGGAUGUUUGUGGUCUGUGCAUGGUAGAGUCCAAAGAGCAAACCAAUUUUUCUACCUUAAGAGAUGGACUAAGAUACAUAGUUGUGGUGCUGAUGUUCGUACUUCAAAAAAUCCAAGGCUUAGCUCUGAUUUGGUGUCAAAUGUUGUAUCUGAGCGUGUUAGGGAUAGACCACUAACGCACCCCACUGAUGUGGCAUAUACUUUCAAGGCAGACUAUGGACUUGAUAUCAGCUACCAUGUAACGCGCUCCAUUGAUGUGGCAUAUACUUUCAAGGCAGACUAUGGACUUGAUAUCAACUACCAUGUAGCAUGGUUAGGUGUUGAGAAAGUGGGAGAGGCUAUGCAUGGUGAUUACUUAACAUCGUUUGACCAACUGAGAUGGUAUGGUGAUGCUGUUCAGCGUUAUAAUCCUGGAAGCCAUAUUAAUAUUGACUAUGAUUUGAAGACUAGUCAGUUUAAAAGGUUUUUUGUAGCAUUUGCUGCGUGCAUAAAUGGCUUCAAAUAUUGUCGCCCUUUGCUUUUUCUUGAUGGAACAUUUUUAAAAUGGAGAUACAAAGGGCAGUUGCUUGCAGCGACAGCUAAAGGCAGUAACCAAGUAGCCUUUGCAAUUGUUGAUUCGGAGAGUGAAUCGAAUUGGUCAUGGUUUCUAUAUGAACUGUCAAAAGUAAUUGCUGAUGAUAGACGCAUGACAUUUGUAUCCGAUCGUAAUCUAGGGCUUUUGGAAGCAAUGCCAAAGGCAUUCCCAUCAGCAUAUCAUGGAUGGUGUUUACAACACCUAAAGAAUAAUUUUAGGGACAAGUUGAAGGGUAGGGAGAAUGGUUUCAAGGAACACUUAAUACGGAAGUUGGGUGAUUGUGCAUAUGAACCUACUGUGACAGGUUUUCAUGCAUUACUAGAAGAGUUGAAGAGUGAAGGGAAGCAACGAGCAUAUAACUUCUUGUCAGGGUUAGAACCAAAACAUUGGGCAAAUGCUUACUUUAGGGGACAACGAUAUGGUGAGAUGACAUCCAAUGCUGCUGAAUCAUUCAACAAUUGGAUUAAAGAAGCACGAAAUCUUCCAAUAACAAAAUUGGUUGAUACUAUUCGGAAUCAAAUAAUGUGUCAAAUGUCAGAGCGAAGGGAUAUUGCAAACAAGUGGAAUGGAAUUAUUUGCCCUACCUUUGAGACUAACCUCCAAGAUUCAUUCAAUUCUAGUAGGUCAUGGAAUGUGAGUAAAGCUAAUGAUGAUGUGUUCGAGGUGCAUUCGUUUCCAUCAGUUACGGUUAAGGUUGGACGCUGUGUUUUUCUUGCUACUAGUGGCAAGUAA